GUUGAAGAAGGUCCUAUUUCAUAUUAGAGCAAAUAUAAAAAAGGUAUACAAUAACCAACAUGUAUUCUAAAGGCAAUAUAGCAUUGAAGAUAAUGCAAUCGAGAAGCAUUGUUGAGCUCUUCAAAAACAGCCAGCCUUGGAGCAAGUGAGGCAUCCUCCUGAAGAUUAUCCAGCGCCGAUUUAACCAUCUGUUCACGAUAUUCCUCAACUUUAUCAAUCAAAAACAGUCCCUCGGGAACUCUGUUAUAUUGAAUGGCCCCUAGAGCUUCUCUUCGGAAGAUUUGGCAGCGGACAGUCGAGAGGUUCACGGAUGGUGUUGACAUAUCCGGGUAGUCAAAUCGCUCACGAAUGGCGGGCAGUGUAUCUAGAAGAUCAUCUCGCACGUCGGAGCUGCAGGCAAAUUCAUCAAGAAUAUUCUGUAUUUGCUUUGUGGAAAUUGCAGAUGAAGACUCGCAAUCUCGUACAUUCUUAUUCAGAAGCUCACGCAAAGUUGGCUGGCCUCGUGUGAGCCACCACCAGUGUAAUUCUAGCGUCGAAGGAGAUUUUUGAUUCAUUACGUCUUGCAGAUGAGAUUUGAUUGCGAGAUUAAGUUUGCAAAAGUUAUGAGCACCGGAUAGAAAUCUAACCAGAGCGUCGUACCAUGGUGAAGCGGAAGUGAGGUUCUUCUCACCAAGACCAUCUCAAUCUCCAACGCCUGUAAAAGCCCAUAAUCGACACAGUUUUUCGUUGAAUUCAAACAUUGUGUCUCUUUUUAAAAUUCGCAUUAAAAUAGUCAUUUUGUAUCGUGGCGUCGCGUUAUUUAAAACUCGGUGGACUUGUCGGAGCACCUUGGCGACUGGAGGCCGCCCACUUGGCCUCGCGUCUUCAAACUGCAGAUCUCCAAGCAAGGGUCAAUUUGCCUUUCUUUACCUUCUCUCCCAACAAUCACCCGCGCAACUCAAUUAGAAGACUUACGCCUUACACCAUAUGAAUUGAGCCUCAAUAGUAACACAGAAGGGAGCUAUAGGGGCAUGGUCGCGUACAGUCGCUGUUCAUUAUGAGCGUUCCUCGAGCCACGAUUCGCCGGCUUUGGCCGCAGACAACCACGCCAUGUCGUCGAAUUAUUGAAUCAAGACGCUGUUUUUCUGCACAGGGAUGCAAAAAUCAAGGUAUGAGCCCCAAAUCUAAUGAGCCGGCUUCGCGGACAGCAGUCCAACAUGGGACGCUGUCGUACGACUCAUCGAAAUGCAUGUCACUGAGUUCUGCCACCAAAUAGAGCAACAGAGUAGCUCGCAGAGAGCUGAUGAUGCAGGCAAGCAAAAUAGCAAUGAGCCAUCGCUACUAUCGAAAAUGGGUGAAUCGGCUGCAACCACGUUUGCUUCAAUCGUUGUCCUCGGCGUCGGUUUUGCUGCUGCCGGCUACCUGUAUCAUAAAAGCUACAAAGGGCUUGUCAUGCACAAGAUGACUACGGCCUUCCAGCCUGGAGACCCUGUCUUGGACCUGGCCGCUGUUGGAAGAGAAGUACCCCAUGCCCGUGGCAACUCAGAGGAGCACUGGGUUCACCGUCCUGAACAAGAGCUCGUUGACGCGAUUGUAAGCGGGAAGCUCGUCGGUCACUAUUAUCUAAUGAUUGGCGAGAAGGGUACCGGAAAGAGCAGCAUGCUUCUUGACGCAAUGCGCAAGAUUGAUGCCGAUGGUAUUGCCAUGUUUGAAGCGCACUCCGACCUCGAAAUCGUGCGCAUCCGACUUGGCAAGGCCCUCAACUACGAAUACCAUGAAGACUAUAUCGGUGGCUACUUCAGUGAACGAGGCCCCAGAGAGUCUACUGCUCUGUUGGAUAUUGAAAGAGCGCUGAACAAAUUAGAAAAAGUCGCGAUGCGCCUCUUUAAGAAGAGAAACAAGCCUUUGGUUGUUAUUGUGAACCAGAUGCAUCUGUUGCGUGAUGAUGAGGAUGGGCGCGAUCUCAUCGAGCUUCUACAGCAGCGAGCAGAGCAAUGGGCGGCAACCAACUUAGUGACCAUGGUAUUCAACUCGGAUGACUACUGGGUAUACGAGCGCCUCAAACAGCUUGCUACGCGUAUGGAGGUCUUGCCCAUUACAGACCUAGGCAAAGCUCAGGCAAUCAGUGCCUUACAGUCGUAUAGACUGCGCUACUUUGGCGAGCGCUUGAACCCAUCCCAGCUAGAAGAAGUAUAUGAGCGAGUUGGCGGGCGGCUCAAUUUCUUGAAUCGCGUAGCCAGAAGUCCAGACAUGAUAGCCACUUGUGAGCAGAUCAAAGAGGUGGAGAAGAAGUGGUUUUUAAACCAGUGCUGGAUCCUCGGUUCUGAAAUGGAUGACGAUGUCAUGGACCAACAGAAAUGGGCAGCUGCCGCCAUGGUCUUGGCCCAAGCAUUAGUGGAAAAGGAAAAGGAGAUGGAUAAGACCUACGAUCCGGUCAUCGGCCAUGUCUUACCCACAUUCCCCUUCCAUAUUGCGCAGGAAAUCAUGACCCGCUGUGAUUUUAUGCGACCUCUGGACAGCCUUAACCUCUUUAGCAUCACGAGCGAAGCAGACGUACGUGCGAGCAGCGUGCCGAUGCACCGAGCAUUCAGAGAGAUAUGCAGCGACCCCAAGUUUGCUAAACACCUGGAGCGAACAAUUCAAAGAAUUGCCGAUAUUGAAAGCCUUGGCAGAACAAGGGAAUUGGUGGCCAAAGAUUUAGUGUUGGGUGGAGAGUAUCAGAUCCAGGCUAGUGGUGGCCAAGCACUAACGGUGCGAUUCAAAGAAGGCGAAAGCAAGGACGACGAGUAGAAGAGUAGGUCUCCCUUGCGUGUAAGAUAUAUGAAGGGCGUAUUUUGUAACCAAUAUGUUUUUUUUAUGUUUUUUUGACUUCAUCACUUGCCUCCUUUGGCACUUCCCUGAUUCAAGCUUGCGCCUUUGUGUUGCAAUUAGAAGCUGCAUUGUGUCUUAAUGGAUCCCAGGGCCGCAUUCCUGUCGUCCCCUUUGAUACGAUUCAAAUCUACUGGCUGUGGAUAUUUCUAGUGGUGAAAUUGCGAAUUCAACCGCUGUAACUUAGCGCUGUACCACCACAGCAGGGCGAAGGGAGGCAGAGUAUCAGGCUUUGGUGCCUGAGCGCCCAGGCACACAUGCGAUCCUACGUUCAUCAC